AUGAGCAAAGACGACGAGCCUAAGACCUACCGUUACAAUGAAACUCCAGUCUACACCACCUCCAGUGGCUGUCCUGUGAUGGAUCCUCAAGCUGCCCAGCGGGUUGGUCGCAAUGGUCCUCUUCUGCUGCAAGACUUCCAUUUGAUUGACCUGCUUUCGCACUUUGAUCGGGAGAGAAUCCCGGAGCGUGUGGUCCAUGCCAAGGGUGCUGGCGCCUACGGCGAGUUCGAGGUUACCGAUGACAUUAGCGACAUUACGGUCGUCGACAUGCUCAAGGGAAUUGGCAAGAAGACCAAGAUGUUUACUCGCUUCUCGACCGUUGGUGGAGAGAAGGGCUCACCCGACAGUGCGCGUGAUCCUCGUGGGUUUGCCAUCAAGUUCUACACAGAUGAGGGUAACUGGGACUGGGUCUUCAACAACACUCCCGUCUUUUUCCUUCGGGACCCUGCCAAGUUCCCUAUCUUCAUCCAUACCCAAAAGCGCAAUCCCCAGACCAACCUCAAGGAUGCCACCAUGUUCUGGGACUACCUCUCCACUCACCAGGAGGCCGUCCACCAGAUCAUGCACCUGUUCAGUGACCGCGGCACCCCCUACUCUUACCGCCACAUGAACGGCUACUCGGGCCACACUUACAAGUGGAUCAAGCCCGACGGCACUUUCAACUACGUCCAGAUCCACUGCAAGACCGACCAGGGCAAUAAGACCUUCAACAACGAGCAGGCCACCCGGCUGGCGGCUGAGAACCCUGACUGGCAUACCCAGGACCUGUUCAACGCAAUUGAGAGGGGCGAGAAUCCCUCGUGGACCUGUUACGUCCAGGUCCUGAGCCCUGAGCAGGCCGAGAAAUUCCGCUGGAAUGUCUUCGACCUGACCAAGGUUUGGCCCCAGAGCGAAGUGCCCCUGCGUCGCUUCGGCAAGUUCACUCUCAACAAGAACCCUCAGAACUACUUCGCCGAAGUUGAGCAGGCUGCCUUCUCUCCCUCGCACAUGGUUCCUGGCGUAGAACCCUCCGCCGAUCCCGUGCUGCAGUCUCGUCUCUUCUCCUACCCCGACACCCAGCGCCAUCGCUUGGGCGGCAACUACGAGCAGAUACCCGUCAACUGCCCCCUUCGUGCCUUUAGCCCGUGGCAUCGGGAUGGCGUCAUGAAUGUCAACGGCAACUACGGCGCCAACCCGAACUACCCAUCCACCUUCCGUCCUCUCCGCUACCAGCCCGUCAAAGCGAGCCAGGAGCACGAGAAGUGGGUCGGUGCUGUUACCGCCGAGCAGUUACCUGUCACAGACGAGGACUACGUCCAGGCCAACGGACUCUGGCAGGUGUUGGGCCGCCAGCCCGGCCAACAGGAGGCCUUCAUCCACAACGUUUCCGGUCACUUGUGCGGUGCCCACGAGCGGGUCCGCAAGGCCACCUACGGCAUGUUCCGUCGGGUCAACUCAGACCUAGGUGCGCGCCUUGAGAAGGCCACCGAGGCCAAGGCCACUGACGCUCGCUCCGCUCGAUUGUAA